ACAAGCAGUCAGCUGAGAGACGGACAGGCUCACCGCUCCCUCUUGUCCCUCCCCUCCGCCUUCUUCCACAUUACCUACCACACCUCCGUCACCUCCACACCUCCGUCUCUCCACACCUGAGCCUGCACACCUCCAUACCUGCUCUGAGUCCCCCGUGUUGUGCUGGUGUGCUCCAAGGACGUGUUAGCAGUGUUGGAGGCCUUCGUGUUUUUGUCCAAGCUGCCACACGUUGGAGGAUGUGUUAGUGCCGAGCGAUGAGUCGACGAGCAGAUUCCCCAGAUUCCCCAACCGGCCUGACAGAGUUUGGUCCUCUGACACCCGAGGAGAGGCCGCAGGGCUAUGGAUUCUCUUUAUCAAGACUUCUGGGGAGAGUUAGAGGGGCUACAAGAAAGGCCUGCAAUCCCUCGGAGCAGCAGAGGCAGCAGCAGCAGCAGCAGGAUCAAGCAGACAGUAGGAGAGGCUCAGAACAGGUGUCCCCUUCUGAUACACAAAGUGAAGCAGGCCCCAGUUGGCUUGAAAAGGAUGCCAAUGAGGCCGGGUCCGAGGCGGGGGCGUUGGGGGCGUCAGGCUCCUCCUCCCAAGACUCCAUCCUCAGCAGCAGGGGGGCGGGGGCAGUGGCGGGGGCGGUGGGCGGCGCGUCCCACCAUGAUCGGACGCUGCCCAACGUGCUCACCAGGAUCAGGAACAUUCUAGACAACCGGGGAUCUACGCCCCAGCAGUACAAGGACUCUGACUUCAAGCAGUACUGGCUGCCGGACAGUGUGAGCCGUGAGUGCUAUGAGUGCGAGGAAAAGUUUACAACCUUCCGGCGCCGCCACCAUUGUCGCGUGUGUGGCCAGAUCUUCUGCUCCAGGUGUUGCAACAGCAUGAUCCCUGGGAAGGUGAUUGGCUACACAGGUGAGCUCCGGGUGUGCACCUACUGCUGUAAGGUAGUCUUAUCAUACCUCCAGUCCAGCAACCUGGCAGCCGACGUGCUCGCAGACCUCCGAGCCCUCAUGGACGACCUGCUGCCGAACCCUGUAGGCCAGCCUAUACCAGGGGCUGGGAACAAUGACUUUGCAGCCUACGGCUCGCUGGCAGGCAAUGGGGCGGCCCUGGCCACCCCGAGAGGAACGUUGAGGAGACAUUCCCUUGGGUUCCAGGAGGAGAAAUAUGUUGCUAAGACGAGGUAUGCCAGCGGGGACUUGCAGGCAUUUGGGGUCCAGCGAGACAACGCAGAGAUGUCGGCGCUGCAGGAGAGACAGCUGCUGCUCCGUGACUCCCAACAACUGCACUCGCUGUGGUCGCAAAUGACGACCCCAGUGUCCGGCCUCCCAUUCAGCUCCCACCGCCACAGACUCAAGGCAUACCAUAACUGCUUAGUGGGUCGGGAUCUUGUGCGCUGGCUCCUCGCCAAUGACAAAGCCUCCAGCAGGGCAGCGGCUGUAGCAAUCGGCCAGGCACUGUUAGAGGCCGGGUACAUCCUGUGCAUCACGCAGAUAGAGCAGGUGUUUGUUGACGACUACGUGCUGUACCGCCCAUUGCGUCAGGGCAGCGGCGACCAGGAAGGCGCCGUGCAGGAGGACUUCAACUACUCACAGGAGGUGGGCCAGGAGCCUCUGUGGGUGAAGCAGAUCCCCUCCGUCACUGAGGAGGGUCCAGUGAGUCCGCUCGACCCAUCCGUGGGAGGGUUGGUGUACCAGGACCCAGGCUACACAGUAGAGACGCCCACCGUGGAGACGCCGAGCUCCAUCACGUCCUCCACGUCCAACUACUGCCUCGAUUUUAACCUUCAGGAUCACGUGGUCUCCAUACGGAAGCCACAAGCCACACUCAGCAGCCCCGGCGACUCAACAGACAGCAGGGGAGUGGCAGCAUCAGCGCGGGACGUUGAGCCGUCAUACUCCACCACCGUGUCUGCUGCCCUCAGUGCCAGCGCUCUCCUCAUCCCGCCAGGCGAUGCUGCGGUGAUGGCCGAGGUCCUGCAGGGUCUACGAGGUCAGGAUGGAAUGCAGCCACAGUCGGAAUUGGGAGCCCAAGAGAAGAGCAGCAGCUCCCUUGACGUUGACAGCUCAGUCAUUAAACAACGGCUCAAAAAUGGAGAUCCUGAAAAACAUUUGAAGUUGAUGAGAUUCAGUUCGAUGUGGGCCUCGCAUGAGAGUGCUCUACUGUGUCAGCUGCUGGAUUCCGGUGGCCUGUCUCCCUCCUGGGCAGAGGUGAUCCUGCCCAUCGUCCACACAGUGACCGACAUUAUCCGCCCUGACGUAAGGAAUGACAGCGACGACAUGGACAUCAGGCAGUAUGUACAGUUCAAGAAGGUCCCCGGUGGCAGCAGGAGUGACUGCCAGAUCGUGAACGGCGCCGUGUGCACCAAGAACGUGGCGGACCGGGCCAUGGCCAUGAGGCUGACGGACCCACAGAUCCUCCUGGUCGGCUCCACCAUCGACUACCAGCGCGGCACCGACAACAAGCUGCUCUCCUUCGACAACCUUCUGCUGCAGGAAGCAAAUUACCUUCAGAAUGUUGUGGCCAAGAUUGCCUCCUACAAGCCAGACAUUAUAUUGGUGGAGAAGAGCAUUGCAUUCUUGGCAAGGAAGUAUUUGCAGACUUAUGGAAUCACUCUCGUCAUCAAUGUGAAGCCCUCGGUCAUGGAGAGGGUCGCCAGGUGCACCCAGGCAGAGUUGGUGACCUCGAUAGAUGCUCAGCUGACCCGACCCACCCUGGGCAUGUGCCACAACUUCUACGUCCGCUCAUACUCCCUGGGCAGCAAGGGCAAGGCUAAGACACUAAUGUUCUUCGAUGGCUGUGCCACCCACCUGGGCUGCACGGUCAUCCUGCGCGGCGCCUCCAACGCCGAGCUGAAGCGCGUCAAGAUGAUCAUGAACUUUAUGAUCUACGCCGUCUAUAACUGGAAGCUGGAGCGUUCCUUCCUCGUUGACGAGCACACCUACAUCGCCCCACUGCCCUCGGAGAGCUUUGACCUCGAGGAUAGGGAGUUUGAGGAUGCUGAUGAUGGUGGUGAUGCUCUGGACAGAGCAGAGGUGUCGGUGGAUUCAGUCUUGACAAAAAGGAUUGGUGAAGUGGUGAAGGGCACUGAAGCAUCUGAAAGUGAUGCUUCUGUGGAUGAUGUGUUCUUGGGAGCCAUCUCUGUCACAGCACCAAUAGACACGGCCUCGGGAGACAUCAUUGAUACUCCAGUGGAUAAAGACGUGACCUCGGAGGCACAGAAAGUCUCCUCAAAAGAUGGAAGGGAUGACACUGAGAAACCUGGGAUGCCUGUGCCAACAAUUGGCCUCUUCGACAAGGCCAAGCUGACCCAGACAGUGAGCGACUUCAGCGACCCUCUACACUCCUACCUCAACUCUGGAGCCUCGCCGCAGGAGACGCCUCUUGAACCACCGCGCGGAGCCUUUUCCCUGACCGAGGAGCCUCUUGCCAACACCUUCCGUAAGGCUCUGGAUGAGACCAUCCUGUCCUGUUCACCCUACAUCCGCUACAGCAUUCCCUACCUGGAGACAGAGGCUGGACAGAACUGCCUCCUCCGCAGGUUCUUCCAGAGGGAAUUGUACCAGUCUGUGCUGUUUGAGAAAGACAACCUGAUGAGGCGACCCAAGUUCUCUGAGAUGGAGUCCAAGAGCACCACGGACACCAACAAGAACGUGCACAUCAAGGAUGUUCAUCUCAUGAUCAAGUUGCAGAUAACGACCGGGGCAAAAGAGAAGGAGUUCCAGGCUGUGUUGGCCGACUUCAGGGCUCGAGGUGGACGGGUGAGAAACGUCUGCACCUGUGAGACAACCUCGAACGAUGUGUACCACGAGUACUGCAACAUAUCCGUGGGCAGGGCGGGCAGCGGUACCGCUGUCGUCAUGGAGGAACCCACGAGCCAGACUGAGGAGAGUGGCCUCAGUGGGAAGGGGAACACCAACACAUCCUGGAGUGGCCAGAGCUGCAUGAUGCUGACGGCCAGUGGGCGUGUUGAUGCUCUCCACCCUUUCAACCACCAGCGCCUCUCCCUCCUCUUCAGCAGCUUCGCACCAUCAACAGAGUCUGGGACAACACCAGUCUUUUGCGUCAAUCCUUGGAUGUUGACGAUGGAUUUCUAUGGAAGGAACGACAUUACCCUCGGCGCCUUCCUGGAACGGUAUUGCUUUAGUCCAACGUACACGUGCCCCUCCCACGAGUGCUCCGUGCCCGUGCACGACCACAUCAGGAAGUUUGUGCACGAGGCCGGCUGUGUGGACGUUGUGCUGCGGAAGCUGGACAGCGACAUGGGGGUGGCCACGCCCAGCUCCAUCCACGUCUGGAGCUGGUGCAAGGUGUGCAAACAGCUUAGCCCAGUGCAGCCCUUGUCCCUGGAGUCCUGGUCAUUCUCGUUUGCAAAGUACCUGGAGCUUAGAUUCUAUGGUGGGAGCUUCAACCGGAGGGGGAACCCAGGCUGCUCCCACUCCAUCCACCAUGACCACUACCAGUACUUUGGCUACAAGAACCACGUGGCUGUCUUCAAGUACAAUCCCGUAACACUGCGCGAAGUUGUCCUCCCCCCGUCGCAAAUGAAGCUGUCCAGUCCGCCCAUCAGCCAGACGUCCAUCGUGGAGCUCAUCAAAGGGGUGGCCGUGCAGGGUUACUCUGUAUUCUCGACCAUUCUGGAGAAAGUGACGACGCUGCUGUCGGAGUGUGGCAGCCGCUGGGAACCUCUCAUCGUGGAGAUCAGUGAGCACCAGAACAGCCAGCGCAGCAAAUUCAGAGAGAGCAUCGAAAGCAUUCAGCUUCAGCUCACCUCUCCCACCCUGGAAGCAAGGAGACUUCACCCGCCCACGCCCAGCACCACGGCGGAGCUGACCUCCACCAUGCUGGCCAUCACGGACCAGAUCACGCUACUCAAGAAGCUCAUCGCCCAGGUGGUGAAUGAGUGGAACACCAAGGUGCAAGAUUUGGUACAACUCCGCAAGAAAGAAGAGAAAUUGGAGAAGGCGAAGACUCUUGCCUCUGUCGGUGGAGGAGGAAUGCUGCCACGCCAGUCCACAAGCACAUCUAUGUCAACCUCGUCUGCUGUGUCCGCCCACACCACCACCCCGAGUGGAGAGAUGCACAGUGCAGUCUCCCACAAGCAGAGCGUUGACUCAGGCUCUGUGGCUUCAUCUGCAGCCAUGACUGGACUUUCCACUGAAUCUCUGAAUGUGUCCUCCCUCAGUGAAGCGCCUGGGCAGGAAGCACAGAAAAGUCCUCCUGUUUAUGUCGGUGGGGAAGUGGCUGAAGACGAGCAAGUGGCAGAAACCUCCUCCAGCCCCCAGUCCAACGAUGCAAAAAAGCCUCUAAGUGUAGAAUAUGUGUCGCCAUCUGCUGAGAGUCUGAGGGAGGAAAGGGACCGCAUCCUGCAGGCCUUGACUUCCCUCACUGCCUGCACCCACAGACCACCACGACCCAAGACAGGCCAGAGUGCCCAGUCCCUGUCGUCUGUGUCCAGCGACGCCCUGCAGAUGGAGAACGAGGGUAAUGGUGGCCUGCCGCAACAGCUCUCCGAUGCAUUCUCAGUGGUGCACAGACGCCAAGCCUCUGACACCUGCGAGGGCCUGGUGAGUGGCUCCUCCCCCACGGCAGGGUCGCCCGGCAGGGGACACGAGAGGUCCCUGUCGGAUGGGGGCCAGGCCUCCAGCGCCAGAGACAGUGUUGACCGGGUGGCAGAGAGACGCCUAGCAUCCACAGCGGUGAAGAACAUCAUAUCCACCUUUUGGCCUUCUUCAAAUCUGUUGGUGGAGUCGCCUUUCCCACCCAGUGAGCAUUAUCUCUUGCUGCCGGAGAUCAAGAUCCCCGUGGUGGUGCAUGGAGAGGAGCCGUCCUCCAUCAUCGCCCACGCCCUCGCCUCGCAGGAGUACGAGAAACAGCUGGAGGUGGUCAAGAAGAGGCUCAAGGACUUUGUCAAGGAGUGUCUGACAGCACAGAGGCAAGCAGACCAGUCGUUCGCUGACGUGGCCAUGGACAGCAUAAGCAGCGCCGAUGCUGUUGAGAUGUCUUACCCGGAACCCACCGACCCAGAGCUGAUCAAAGCUUCAAAGAACUUCCACAUUGAACUUCAGGGCAGUGAUCAGCAUGCCAAGUUCUACUGUAAGCUGUUCUUCCCUGAGCACUUCCGGCAGCUGAGGAAGUUGGUGUUUCCCUACGGCGAGGAGAACUUCAUCCGCUCCCUGUCGCGCUGCAUGCUGUGGGAGGCACGCGGGGGCAAGUCCGGCUCCAUCUUCAUCAAGUCCAGCGAUGAUCGGUUCGUCCUGAAGGAGAUGUCGCGCUUUGAGAUAUCUUCGUUCCUUGACUUUGGGCGAGCGUACGUGAGAUACAUGAUUAACUGUGAGAAGGAGAAGCGGCCGACUGUCCUCACGAAGAUAUUGGGUGUGUAUCGGAUAGGCUACAAGAACACCACCACAAACAAGGCUCAGAAGAUGGACUUGCUGGUCAUGGAGAACCUCUUCUACCAGCGCAACAUAACCCACAAGUUUGACCUGAAGGGCUCCAUCAGGAACAGGCUCGUCAACACCUGUGGCAAGGAGGAGUCCGACUUGGUGCUACUAGACGAGAACCUGCUGAGGAUGGCGUGUUCGAACCCUCUGUACGUGCGGCCCCACAGCAAGGCCGUCCUCAGCCGCGCCAUCGGGGCGGACACAUCGUUCCUCUCCCAGCAGCUCAUCAUGGACUACUCGCUCCUCGUGGGCAUCGACACCACCGCCAACGAGCUGAUUGUUGGCAUCAUUGAUUACAUUCGCACCUUCACAUGGGACAAGAAACUGGAGACCAUCUUCAAGGGGAGCAUGCUGGGUGGUGGGGGCGACGGGAAGCUGCCAACUGUUGUGUCACCCGAGAUCUACCGCACGCGAUUCUGCCACGCCAUGGACCGCUACUUCCUCCUCUCGCCCGACAGAUGGAUGUUCCUCGGCAGUGGGGUUGACAUUUAAGUUAGCCUGUUUUCAGUUCAGCUCCUAAGAUGUGGAUGCUAUUUGAGAAUCUGAAGGUAAUUUAGCGGCUUUGUUUUUAGAAGUACGUUUAGUCCGAGGUUCACUGUGACCUCCUGUUGUCUUUCGUCUGUGCCUGGUAACAUAUCAUGGCCUCUUAGUGUCUCUCUUGUGUGUUCCUAGAUCUUGAUAAUUUAGUAUGUGGAGGUAUUUUACGUAUUUUUAGGUUUUAGUGACGUACUCUUUGUUUGAGGAAUUUUGUGAUUUCAUACUGCCAAUUUUCUGUAAUGUGUUUCCUUAGACUCUUGAGUAUCUGAAGGUAGUAUUUUUAGUGACUUUUAUGAAUUUGAGAUGCUGUAGUUUGAGGUGCAUUUUGACUCCUUCAAUGAGCAUUUUCUGUCCUUGAGUACCAUUUUUUAAGUGCGAUUUUAGUAUUUUGAGGUCUGUUUCUGAAGAUCUACCUCCAUGCCCUCCAUAAUUGAUAGACAUUUUAAAGCCUAUAUCUAGGUAAUUUAAUGCUAAUUCUCAUUAUCCACUAGCCAAUUAUUUUCUGUAAGGCCUGCCGUACUAACCAUAUCACACCUAAAGCUAAUUUCUAGGUAAUCUGACGCAAGUUCUCAUUAUUCUGUAGCUACGUUUUCUUCUGAUCUUUUGUCCCAACCAUAUUUAUUUGAGUAAUAUUUAGGUUGUCUGACUAGAGUAAUACGUUCCAUACCCAUGUAUAUCCAACAUUUAUCACAGUACCUGCAUGCAUUAUUUAUUCUGCAUUUAUUCACUAGUAUUUAUUCACUUGUACAUUCAUCCUCAUUGUACAAUCUAGACCAAAGACAGAUCAUACAGCAUCAUUCUUCCAGUAAGUAAGUUCUCGUGUCUCCAGUGUCAGUGAACCAGUAUCGUUAGGCUUAGUUUUCUCAUUCUGAUCAGGAAAGGGUGCUAGUUUUAUAUAAGGGUUUUAUUGAAGGUGUUCAGGCUUUUGGAGGUCUGAUUUGGCUAUAUUGUUUUAGGGAAAGGCUGCCAGUUUAGAGCAUAAGAUUGUGUGUGUCUGAGCCUUUAUUUGAAGGUUUAAUUUUGUCAUCAUGUGUAGGAGAGGCUGCCAGUUCUGUGCAAGAGGGUCAAUGGAAAGUGUCAGUAAACCCUUAUCAGAAGACUUUGUUUGUAGGAAGGGCCGCCAAUUUUGUACAGUUAAAUUUGAUAAGAUUGAAGUCUAAUGAUUAAGUUUUAAGGUUGCUAAGCUGAAUAAAAUAAUCUCAAGUGACGAAUGUGAAGAUUUUAUAGUACAAAAGCAAUAACUAGGUAGACAAGUAGGACAAACCACUGGAAAGAAGAGUGGAAAGACUGAUAAGUAAGACAAAAGGGAGUAGGGAGAGGACAGGGGAUUAGGAAGAAAGACUGAGGGAGACGAAGGAUUUUAGAAAAGUAAAGAGCAGGAAGACAGAUGUAAGAACUGUCCUGAGACUUAGUGAAGACAGACAGACCGUGCUAUAGUGAGCUACAUGAAGACUAAAAAUGAGUGAAGGAUACAAGGGAAGGAAGACCAAGGGAAGACCCAAGAUGCUAUUUGAAGCAUCCCGAGUUCUAAACUAGAUGCUAGAAACUAACCCAUUCAUGGUAACCGAUGUUACCUAGUGUGCUCCCCAGGUUGUGGAAAAUUGAAUAUGCUCAUCAGCUCAGUGAACUCGAAAGUGCUCCCAGAUGUAAAAAAUAUGGAAAUGCUCUGCUUACCUGUGUUUAAAGGUCCCACUGGCAUUCAACUGGCGUGUCAUGCACAGGGUUGCCAGACGCAUUCCCUCUGCUGCUGCUGCUGGUUUACAUGUCGUGUAACAGUUUUUUUGUGCACCACUAUAUCCUCAUGAUAUACUUGUGUAAGAACACUUAUCAGUCCAGGAAUAAUUUUGAAUGGCAAAUACCAUUUCAAAUAUGUGGCAACAGCACACUUGUUGCCUGUGUUGUGCUCCUUCUCUGUCUGCCUUCAGCCGGGUCACUGGUGGACGAAACUCAUCACUUAUUUUUCUUUGCCAUCCAAGUCUUGCUCUUUAUUCUAUCACCAUGAGGUGGAUAUGACCAGCCAGAGGUGGAAGGAGGUGGAGAAAAUGGUUGUGUAGGCAAUCCAGAUGAGUUUAAGAAUUCAGUUGCUACUGUGUCUGAUCAGAUGCUUGUUCUAAUUGGAUUCACUAUCUGUAUCGCCCUCAUCACUGAAAUCGCAGCGUGCGUACUGAAUAUUGUCACCAAGGUGUGCCAAGAUGACUUACACUUGCCGUGGAAAACAACUGAGCAUAGCGGGGAGUGUAAUGCAUUGCUGAUGUGGCGAGUACGUGAGGGAAGGCACCCGACUUCUCCAAAUGGAUUUAUAGGCCGCUGGCAUUCCAUUUUCAUGGGAAUGAUUUUUUUGCAAAACGUCGCAACUUCAUUAACCUGAGAGAGUAAAGAUGGAAAACUCGCCACUUUACACGAUUAACCAGGAACCAGUUAAUCUUAAUAAUGGAAAAGCUGUUUGAUUUGUACACAGGGCAUUGCAAAAGGCUGAUAGAUUUUCUAGAGCUUCUCUUGAUAAUAAAUUUAAUCUUGAGAAUGAUUGCAUUCUUCUUAUAUGUACUUUUAUGUGCCCUUCCUAGGCACUGUUAAGCAAAGUACCAAAAGUCUUGGGUAAAGGUUCCAUUACUAUUAAGAAACGGCACUGAAAAAUCUCUCUUGGAGGUCUGCAUAUAAGAAUACAUAAAUAUUUUUCCGCUGUUGUACGUAACCAGUCCUCACUUUGUAAAUGCAGGAGUUUCAUAUUGACGUCUGAUGAUGAAAGUGCAUUUUUUUGUGAUGGUCUGUACCAAGUCCCGAAUUUAGUAAAAUUUAAUUGACGUUGAUGACCCAAGUAUUAUUUUUUGGCGUGGGCUGUAUCAUGCCUUGAAUUUGUGAAUGUAGGAACUUCUUGUUCAUGUUCAUAAGUUUUUACCAUAGUAUCAAGUCUUUAAUUUUUUAAUGUAUGAAAAUGUUGACAUCAAUGAUCAAAGUGCAUUUGUGUCCACUAGGAACCAUGACAAACAUUCUUAUAAGUUACCAAUUUUGUGGAGGACAUUUUAUAUUCAUCACAGUAUUAAAUUUUAACUCAAACGGU